AUGCCCUCACUACCAUCAGACUACAAUGACCGACCGGUCGCAAUACUCGGAGGCGGCGUCCUAGGUCGCCGUAUUGCCUGCACAUGGGCUUCCGGCGGCUACAAUGUCCAAGUCCGCGAACCCGACACCAAGCAGCAUCAACCCUGCCUGGAUUAUGUCAAGGAGAACGUUGACAGCUACCCAGCAUCCGGCAGAAAACGCCCCGGUACUGUUCAAGUUUUCGAAGACCUUGAGACAACCGUCAAGAAUGCCUGGCUCGUGAUCGAGGCCGUUCCCGAGAGGAUCCAGAUCAAAAUCGACACGUUUGCCGAGCUGGAAGCCAAGGCACCGGCAGAUGCCAUUUUGGCUAGCAAUUCUUCUUCUUAUCGAUCGUCGGAGAUGCUCGGCAAGGUGAAGGAUGAGACCAAGACCAGAAUCAUGAACACGCAUUAUUACAUGCCGCCCAGCAACAUGGUCGUCGAGCUCAUGACCGAUGGACACACGAACCCGGAUUACUUCCCCUUUAUGACGGAGAGACAGAAUGAGGUUGGGACAAAGCCAUUCACUGCGCGGAAAGAGUCGACUGGUUUUGUGUUCAACCGUCUCUGGGCUGCGAUUAAGAGAGAGACGUUGUCGAUCUUGGCCGAGGGUGUAUCGAGUCCCGAGGAGAUUGACAGCCUGUUCUACGAGCUGACCAAGCAUGGCAAGGGACCUUGCAAGAUGAUGGAUGAGGUUGGUCUUGACACGGUGGCUUUCAUCGAAGAUCAUUACGUUAAGGAGCGAGGUCUGUCUCCAGAGAACACCGUCGACUUCUUGCAACGGGAGUAUCUCUCCAAGGGCAAGCUCGGCCACAAGUCAGCCAAGGGCGGUCUGUACCCCCACCUUCCGAAGAUCAUCGCCCUUGACCUCGGACUCACGAACCCCAACGACUACUCUACUUCAGGACAGAUCCUCCAGCUCUCGUCAGAGGGUAAGUUGGAGCGCGUUCUUGUCGAAAGGCAGCACGUUCCCGAUGGUAUCGACAUCGACAUGGAAACCCAGCGUAUGUUCUGGACUUGUAUGGGAACGCCUGGCGAGCAGGACGGCACGGUUCUCUCCGCGAACCUGGACGGCAGCGACGUGAAGUCCCUUUUUGCGACUACAGCCAUUAACACCCCGAAGCAACUCGUCAUCGAACCUACAUCAAGAAAGAUCUACUUCAGCGACCGCGAAGGCAUGAGGGUCUACCGCUCCAACAUCGACGGCAGUGAUCUGGAGACUCUGGUCGUCGGUGGGAAUGACGCCUCAGAUCUUAAGUCGUGGUGUGUUGGUAUCUCUGUGGCGCCGAAGCUGGGCAAGUUCUACUGGACACAAAAGGGGGCGCCCAAGUCCGGCCAAGGACGCAUCUUCUGCGCCAACAUUGAUAUGCCUGAGGGCAAGACCGCCGAGACGAGAGACGAUAUCACCUGCUUCCUGGGUAAUCUUCCCGAGCCAAUCGACCUAGAGGUCGACGAGGAGACCCACACUAUCUUCUGGACGGAUCGCGGCGAGAUUCCCAAGGGCAAUACCCUUAAUAAAGCCAGCAUCGACCCGAACACGGGACUACUGAGGACCGACGGAUCAAAGAAGUAUGAAAUCUUGGUGAGACAUCUCAACGAGGCAAUCGGUGUCAAGCUGGACCAAGAAAAUGGGCAUGUUUACUUCAGCGAUCUUGGAGGUAGCAUCUAUCGCUGCAAUCUGGAUGGAUCGGAAAAGAAGAAGAUUUUCUCUGACGACGACCGUACCAUUUCUGGCAUUUCUGUUCUGCGCAUUUAG